ACUACUGGUGCGGAAGAUGAGCUGUUAAUAAAGCUUGAUUCUCUUACUUACGCAAUUCAGUCUUUAACAGCGCUUAUCCCGCAUCCUGGACUAUUCUUAAUGUUCUUACUGGGAAACCGUAGUUUGUGUAGCCUAUAUGCUAUAAGUUCUAAGUUAGAGCGAGGACCGAAGGGAUGGAGCUAUUUCCCUGGGAAGGUCAAGCCCAUUACCAAAGCCCCACCCAUCCACCAUAAUGGACGCCAACACCAUUUCAGAAUGAUAAUGAAAAGCAAAAAAGUGAGUACCCUACUUCACUUAUAAUAAGAAGAGUAGGGAGGGAGAACGGAAGACAAAAGAGCCCUAACUCAUAUCGUACCAAGAACUAACUUGCCAUUGACCUAAUCAAGCGGGAGAUCACCUUCGCUCAUGUUCUGAGAAUCUCCAUCUGCUCUAAGUGGGCGAACUAGAAUCCUUAUGUCAGGUUGGUUUUCUUCCUAGCUGGCAAGCCCCUUCUCAUAGUUGCUUGUCUUUUUAUCGCUGCGCUUACGAGGAACUCGCUUGCCUGAGCCUGCCUUGCAUACCCCGUUGGUUCUUGGUUUUGGGAGGGUUUUCUAAGGUAGUAACGCUUUGCAUUCGCAGGAACUCUUUUGAGUUCGGUAACAUCGUUCAGUUCAUAGGUUUGGGAUUCGAGGAGUUCUCUUUUCGGUACUAUUGAUAGAGUUCCUCACUACACUACUGCUUUUAAGCCUUUCCUUUGGAGCCUGAGGCAGUUACGUUAAGUAACAGGAUCUUAAACUCUCGUUCUGUACGUGAGCACUCGAAAAUAUCAUCUUCUUUUUCUUCUUAUUUCGUAAAAUAAGUAAUAAUGUGGUGACUUCUUUCCUUUGUUUGGCUUGAGUCCAAUCUCAUCUGGAUUGAGAUGGAGUCGUCUUGCUUAGUAAGGAGUUGUUCUAGUCUUCUGGUAGUCGCUUGCGCUUGUCUUAUGAGUGAAUCUCGAUCUAUGGCCUAUUUGAUUGAAGACCUGUUCAAAAGAUCAGAUAGGCGGAUGGAAGCAAGAGGCUGGCUAGCUCGUGAAAUCAAGAUCUCGUAAGAAACUGUAUCACAAGUACACUAACGAGUACCACGAGUGCACUAAAGGAUUUACAAGCAGAAAUCAAUAGUCUGAAAAUAUUGCGUAAGAGAAAGAGAUUUAUAGCCAGUCUCUUUAGCGGCCGAUACGAGAAUUUUAUGUCAAAAGGACCAACCAACGAGGAUGAAGAAGGAGCAGGAGGAGGAGCUAACUUUAGUAGGGACGGAAGCGAAGAAAUUCUGAGUUCAUGCCACGACGAUCUAUAUGGAAGGGCAGUUUUGUUGAUGCAUUCCUUUUCAAUAUUCUAGGUAUAAUACUUUUCUAUUUGCUUGUCGAUUUUUGCUAUUUCAUGCUCGGUGGAAGCAAGGAACCCUUCGUGGGAUUCCUCCUCAUCAUGAGUGUGUGUUCGGCGUUCUAUUUUUGUUUUCGCGCCGAAAAUUCUCUUAGCCGUUUUCAGUCUGUUUUUUCUUUUUUUCUCAGUUUUUGCUCAGUAAUGCAUCUCUUAGAAAAAGAGUGGCUUUUUUGGUUUCUUCUUUUUUUUUUUCAAUAGUUAAUUUCUAUUUUGUAAAAUACAAGCAAAUUCCUCUAAAGUUUGGUUUUUUUUCUAUUCUUUUGGGCUAUUUGCUUGUAUGCUCAGAAAUUCGCCUUUGGGUAUUCACUAUGGUUGUUCAACUGGUCUUCGUAUUCCUUUUAAUUUGCUUCUUUCAAGAAUUAAACCUCAGGUAUCAUGCCUGCGAGUCUUCCCCUAGCAAAUCAAUCUUCUUUUUUUUACUCAUUAUUAUUAUUUCUUUUCAUAGACAAUGACAAUUUGAUUUGUACAAGUCCCACCUUUAUGCUUAAAAUUAGAUUCCUUUUUUCGGGUUCACUUGUUCUUUAUGGAAGUUUUCUCAGCAAAAAUCGUUUUGACCUUUUUUUGGUAUCUCUUAUAUAUAUCUUAUUCCAUUUUGGAAUUGGAUGGAGACAGCAAAUCCGUCUUUUUACGAAAUUCUAUCCUUUAUUUAACACUCACUCUCUAUAUAUAUAUUCUUCUACACGGUCUUAGUAAAAAAAAGAAGAUUGAUUUGGAUCCUUUAUUUAACAAAAUUCAAGUUGACAUUUUCCUCGGGAAAUUCAUUUUCAUUUUGGUUAUCCUCUCGAGUAUGCCGAUGCCUUCCACCUACUCGUGGGUAUGGUCUUGGCUUGCGACUUUCGCGUCGCAGGUGUUAGCACUUCAUUUUUUUUGCUUUUUUUUCAAGUCUUUCCACGCGAAAGGAAACCUUCUCUCUCUGUGGACUAGUAAUUCUUUUUAGUACAAUUUCAUUUAUCUUUUUUGCUUUUGUUUAUUUUUUCACAUAAAUGAAGGGAUCGAAGAGGUUAUGGCAGAUUAUGUUCACCAAGAAAUGACCCGAAAUUGGAUCUUGGUCUAUUUGAGAUUGUUAUAACAUUUGAAUUUCUUGAUCAUUCUACGUUCCCGAAAUGGAUCUUAUCAAAUUUUUCACAUUUUCUAUGAUAAUCUCUAUUUUAGGUAUUUGGGGAAUCCUCCUUAAUAGACGAAAUAUUCUUAUUAUGUUAAUGCCAAUUGAAUUAAUGUUAUUAGCUGUGAAUUUGAACUUUUUGGUAUUUUCCGUUUCUUCGGAUGAUAUGAUGGGUCAAGUAUUUGCUUCAUUGGUUCCAACGGUGGCAGCUGCGGAAUCUGCUAUUGGGUUAGCCAUUUUCGUUAUAACUUUCCGAGUCCGAGGGACUAUUGCUGUAGAAUUUAUUAAUAGCAUUCAAGGGUCAGGGCCUUUCUCGCUGGGCGAAUUGAGUUCCACGGCAAGAAAGAUGCUAUUUGCUGCUAUUCCAUCUAUUUGUGCAUUAAGUUCGAAGAAGAUCUCAAUCUAUAAUGAAGAAAUGAUAGUAGCUCGUUGUUUUAUAGGCUUUAUCAUAUUCAGUCGGAAGAGUUUAGGUAAGACUUUCAAAGUUACUCUCGACGGGAGAAUCCAGGCUAUUCAGGAAGAAUCGCAGCAAUUCCCCAAUCCUAACGAAGUAGUUCCUCCGGAAUCCAAUGAACAACAACGAUUACUUAGGAUCAGUUUGCGAAUUUGUGGCACCGUAGUAGAAUCAUUACCAAUGGCACGCUGUGCACCUAAGUGCGAAAAGACAGUGCAAGCUUUGUUAUGCCGAAACCUAAAUGUUAAGUCAGCAACACUUCCAAAUGCCACUUCUUCCCGUCGCAUCCGUCUUCAGGACGAUCUAGGCACAAAGUUUCGCAUAUUAAUUGGGAGGAGAUUUUGCCCCAGGUGUAUCACGAAAGCAGAAAAAAUAGAACUCAUUCAAGAGAGCUUGGUGGUCUUAAGAAUGGUUCGGGGGGAGCCUUCUCUUAAGAAUAAAUAAAGAAGACGAAUAGAAGAUAAUUCAUGUUCAUGCUAACAGAAGAGAAGAAAACUAAACUGUCAGUCCAAUAUUUGCUUGCACGGGCUGUUAUUUCAAGUGGGAUCAGUCCGGAUUAUUUGACCGAUGUCAACAUUCUCGCCAACGCCUAUUGCAUUUUGAUGGAAAAGGGACCUGGUAAUGAACUUAUGACAGAAGCCCUGAAAAUCCUGCAGCUAUGGCAGCACGGGUUACCCAUUUCAUAGGCGAGGGUGGGGGACAGGUUUGAGGACCUGUUGGUCAAAGAAAAUGCAGAUAGAUUGUAUAAAAGAGUGCGAGUUGAUGUCGGUAUUGGAAACGUCUUCAGUUCUUUGAUCGCGCGAAAUCCAUCAUUGGCAAAACAAUCAUAUGGUUCCUUACAACUAUCUUUUUGAAGCAGAUAGUUCACAGUGCUCAUUCUUUUAGAAUGGAAUAGAUAAAAUAAUGAAUAAUUGUUUCAAACCGGUAAUAGAUUUAUUGAGAAAGACUCUUUGUGGUGGGGGUGCUGAUGAUGAAAAUAAUCGUGGUACCUCUGAAGGUAACAAUCGUUCUUCAAAUAGAAGUUGUACAUGCUUUAACAACAUAGUAUGUUGUGGUCGGUCUGAGAACUGCAAGCCCUCAUUGCAAACGCCUCCCCAACAGAACGAUGGCAUGCACACGCAAUGCCAGUGCGGCAAGAAGGGCACCCUUAAGGGGGAUCUGCAUCCUAAGGACGGGGUACCAGAAGGAACGUCUUCUGAAUCUAAGAGGAGAGAGGGGGAUGGAAAGCUGAAUAAGAACUUGAAUCCAAGGCAUCUCAUUCAAGUUCUGUUAGGUUCUUAGUAGCUCUUUCGCUAACAAGCAACGUGCGAAGCUGCCCCUAUCAGAUAAAGGCAAAGCGAGAGGAACAAGCAACGAGCAAGAAAACGGAUGUGCGUUAGUACGCAACAAGCAACGGAAUUAGCGCCCGUUAGCGAAAGCCCCCACUUAGUUUAAGGCGUUAGUACGAACAAGCAACGGAUGAGCGCUCUAGCGCGAAA